AUGGAUCAAUAUAUCCCUAUAAAAUGUGCUGGUCCUACCCGCAGCACGACAACUGUAACUACAUCAAUUGCGGGUGAUGAAGGAGGUGCUGUCAAUACUACUACAGCCGCAAUCCAUACACCGGUUCUAGCUACUGGAAUAACUGCUGCUGGAGAUAGUGCGGCUGCUGGUGUGGCUGCUGGUGUGGCUGCUGGUGUGGCUGCUGGUGUGGCUGCUGGUGCGGCUGCUGGUGCGGCUGCUGGUGUGGCUGCUGGUAUGGCUGCUGGUGCGGCAGCUGGCGCGGCUGCUGGUGCGGCAGCUGGUGCAGCAGCUGGUGCAGCAGCUGGCGCGGCUGCUGGUGCGGCUGCUGGUGCUGCUGCUGGUGCAACAGCUGGUGCAGCUGUUGGUGCGACAGCUGGUGCGACAGCUGGUGCAGCUGUUGGUGCGACAGCUGUUGCAGCUGUUGGUGCAGGUGUUGGUGAAGGUGAUGAGGGUAAGAACGGUGGCAAACACAAAGGUAAAAACAAGGAAGAAGGAGAAGCGAAACCUUUAAAUCAUAGUUCUAGUUUCUAA